GAUGGAGCGAUGGAUGGGUGGCUGUGGCGUCCGCGGGCCGGCUCUGCACCCUGUGUGUGAAAGAGUUUCGGAAGCUGUGGGUAAAGCAUUUCCAUCAUGGCUCAUUCCAAGACAAGGACCAAUGAUGGAAAAAUUACUUAUCCUCCGGGUGUUAAAGAAAUCUCAGAUAAAAUAUCUAAAGAGGAGAUGGUGAGGCGGUUAAAGAUGGUUGUCAAAACUUUCAUGGACAUGGACCAGGACUCUGAAGAAGAAAAGGAACUUUAUCUAAACCUAGCUUUACAUCUUGCUUCAGAUUUUUUCCUCAAGCAUCCAGAUAAAGAUGUUCGUUUACUGGUAGCAUGCUGCCUUGCUGAUAUUUUCAGGAUUUAUGCUCCUGAAGCUCCUUACACAUCACCUGAUAAGCUAAAGGAUAUCUUUAUGUUUAUAACAAGGCAGUUAAAGGGACUAGAGGAUACAAAGAGUCCACAGUUCAAUAGGUAUUUUUAUUUACUUGAGAACAUUGCUUGGGUCAAGUCAUAUAACAUAUGCUUUGAGCUAGAAGACAGCAAUGAAAUUUUUACCCAACUAUAUAGAACGUUAUUUUCAGUUAUAAACAAUGGUCACAAUCAGAAAGUUCAUAUGCAUAUGGUUGACCUUAUGAGCUCUAUUAUUUGUGAAGGAGAUACAGUAUCUCAGGAGCUUUUGGAUACAGUUUUAGUUAAUCUGGUGCCUGCCCAUAAGAAUUUAAAUAAGCAAGCAUAUGAUUUGGCAAAGGCUUUGCUGAAGAGGACAGCUCAAGCUAUUGAACCGUAUAUCACCAAUUUUUUUAAUCAGGUUCUCAUGCUUGGGAAAACAUCUAUCAGCGAUUUGUCAGAGCAUGUCUUUGACUUAAUUUUGGAGCUCUACAAUAUUGAUAGUCAUUUGCUGCUCUCUGUUUUACCACAGCUUGAGUUCAAAUUAAAGAGCAAUGAUAAUGAAGAACGACUUCAAGUUGUUAAACUGCUGGCAAAAAUGUUUGGGGCAAAGGAUUCAGAAUUGGCUUCUCAAAACAAGCCACUUUGGCAGUGCUACUUGGGCAGGUUUAAUGAUAUCCAUGUGCCAAUUCGCCUGGAAUGUGUGAAGUUUGCUAGCCAUUGUCUCAUGAAUCAUCCUGAUUUAGCAAAGGAUUUAACAGAGUAUCUUAAAGUGAGAUCACAUGACCCUGAGGAAGCUAUCAGACAUGAUGUUAUUGUAUCUAUAGUUACAGCUGCUAAAAAGGAUAUUCUUCUGGUCAAUGAUCAUUUACUUAAUUUUGUGAGAGAGAGAACAUUAGACAAACGGUGGAGAGUGCGCAAAGAAGCCAUGAUGGGACUUGCCCAGAUUUAUAAGAAAUAUGCAUUACAAUCAGCAGCUGGAAAAGAUGCUGCAAAACAGAUAUCAUGGAUCAAGGACAAAUUGCUACACAUAUAUUACCAAAAUAGUAUUGAUGAUCGAUUACUAGUUGAACGGAUCUUUGCCCAGUACAUGGUCCCCCAUAAUUUGGAAACUACAGAACGGAUGAAAUGCUUGUAUUACUUGUAUGCCACACUGGAUUUAAAUGCUGUGAAAGCAUUGAAUGAAAUGUGGAAAUGUCAAAAUCUGCUCCGACAUCAAGUAAAGGAUUUGCUUGACUUAAUUAAGCAACCUAAAACAGAUGCCAGUGUCAAGGCCAUAUUUUCUAAAGUGAUGGUUAUCACAAGAAAUUUGCCAGACCCUGGCAAGGCUCAGGAUUUUAUGAAGAAAUUCACACAAGUGUUAGAAGAUGAUGAGAAGAUCAGGAAGCAGUUAGAAGUACUGGUUAGUCCAACGUGCUCCUGCAAGCAGGCGGAAGGUUGUGUGCGUGAAAUAACUAAAAAGUUGGGAAACCCUAAGCAGCCUACAAAUCCUUUUUUGGAAAUGAUCAAGUUUCUUUUGGAGAGGAUAGCGCCCGUGCACAUAGAUACUGAAUCUAUCAGUGCUCUUAUUAAGCAAGUGAACAAAUCAAUAGAUGGAACAGCAGAUGACGAAGAUGAGGGUGUUCCAACUGACCAAGCUAUCAGGGCAGGUCUCGAACUGCUUAAGGUACUUUCAUUUACACAUCCCAUUUCGUUUCAUUCUGCUGAAACAUUUGAAUCACUUCUGGCUUGUCUAAAAAUGGAUGAUGAAAAAGUAGCAGAAGCUGCACUACAAAUUUUCAAAAACACAGGAAGCAAAAUUGAAGAGGAUUUCCCACACAUCAGAUCAGCCUUGCUUCCUGUUUUACAUCACAAAUCUAAAAAAGGACCCCCUCGUCAAGCCAAAUACGCCAUUCACUGUAUUCAUGCGAUAUUUUCUAGCAAAGAGACCCAGUUUGCUCAGAUAUUUGAGCCUCUGCAUAAGAGCCUAGAUCCAAGCAACCUGGAACACCUUAUAACACCUUUGGUUACUAUUGGUCAUAUCGCUCUUCUUGCACCUGAUCAGUUUGCUGCUCCUUUGAAGUCUUUGGUAGCUACUUUCAUUGUGAAAGAUCUUCUCAUGAACGAUCGGCUUCCAGGAAAAAAAACAACUAAACUUUGGGUUCCAGAUGAAGAAGUUUCUCCUGAGACCAUGGUCAAAAUUCAGGCUAUUAAAAUGAUGGUUCGGUGGCUACUUGGAAUGAAAAAUAAUCACAGUAAAUCAGGAACUUCUACUUUAAGAUUGCUGACGACAAUAUUGCAUAGUGAUGGAGACUUGACAGAACAGGGGAAAAUUAGUAAACCAGAUAUGUCACGCCUGAGGCUUGCUGCUGGGAGUGCUAUUGUGAAGCUGGCGCAAGAACCCUGUUACCACGAGAUCAUCACAUUAGAGCAGUAUCAGCUGUGUGCAUUAGCUAUCAACGAUGAAUGUUACCAAGUAAGACAAGUAUUUGCUCAAAAACUUCACAAAGGCCUUUCCCGAUUACGACUGCCACUUGAGUAUAUGGCAAUCUGUGCACUUUGUGCAAAAGAUCCCGUAAAGGAGAGAAGAGCUCACGCUAGACAGUGUCUGGUAAAAAAUAUAAACGUAAGGCGGGAGUAUCUGAAGCAACAUGCAGCUGUUAGUGAAAAAUUAUUAUCUCUUCUACCAGAGUAUGUUGUUCCAUAUACAAUUCACCUUUUGGCCCAUGACCCAGAUUAUGUCAAAGUACAGGAUAUUGAACAACUUAAAGAUGUGAAAGAAUGUCUUUGGUUUGUUUUGGAAAUAUUAAUGGCUAAAAAUGAAAAUAACAGUCAUGCAUUUAUCAGAAAGAUGGUAGAAAAUAUUAAACAAACAAAAGAUGCCCAAGGACCAGAUGAUGCAAAAAUGAAUGAAAAAUUGUAUACCGUGUGUGAUGUUGCCAUGAAUAUCAUCAUGUCAAAGAGCACCACAUACAGUUUGGAAUCUCCUAAAGAUCCAGUACUACCAGCUCGUUUUUUCACCCAACCUGACAAGAAUUUCAGUAACACCAAAAAUUAUCUGCCUCCAGAAAUGAAAUCAUUUUUCACUCCUGGAAAACCUAAAACAACCAAUGUUCUGGGAGCUGUUAAUAAGCCGCUUUCAUCAGCAGGCAAACAGUCUCAGACCAAAUCAUCACGAAUGGAAACUGUUAGCAAUGCAAGCAGCAGCUCAAAUCCAAGCUCUCCUGGAAGAAUAAAAGGGAGGCUUGAUAGUUCUGAGAUGGAUCACAGUGAAAAUGAAGAUUAUACGAUGUCUUCACCUUUGCCAGGAAAGAAAAGUGACAAGAGAGACGACUCUGAUCUUGUAAGGUCUGAAUUGGAGAAACCUAGAAGCCGGAAAAAAACAUCUGUCACAGACUCAGAGGAGAAAUUAGGUAUGGAUGACCUGACUAAAUUGGUACAGGAGCAGAAACCUAAAGGCAGCCAGCGAGGUCGGAAAAGAGGCCACACGGCUUCAGAAUCAGAUGAACAGCAGUGGCCUGAGGAGAAGAGGCUUAAAGAAGAUAUGUUAGAAAAUGAGGAUGAACAGAACAGCCCACCCAAAAAGGGUAAAAGAGGUCGGCCACCAAAACCUCUUGGUGGAGGCGCACCAAAAGAAGAACCAACAAUGAAAACGUCUAAAAAAGGAAACAAAAAAAAAUCUGGACCUCCUGUAGCAGAGGAAGAGGAAGAAGAAGAAAGACAAAGUGGAAACACAGAACAGAAAUCAAAAAGCAAACAGCAUCGGGCAUCAAGGAGAGCUCAACAGAGCAGAACAGAAUCUCCUGAAACUAGUGCAAUUGAAUCCACACAAUCCACACCACAGAAAGGACGAGGAAGACCAUCAAAAACGCCAUCACCAUCACAACCAAAAAAAAAUGUCCGUGUAGGACGCUCCAAGCAAGUCGCUACUAAAGAAAAUGAUUCAAGUGAAGAAGUAGAUGUAUUUCAGGGUGGCUCUCCGGUCAGUGAUGAUAUUCCACAGGAAGAAACAGAGGAAGAGGAAGUCUCUGCAGUAAACGUACGGCGGCGAAGUUCUAAGAGAGAAAGGCGAUGAACAAAUUUAAUUAACUUUCUUGUGAAAGCUUCGGAUAAAAUCAUUUUUUUUAAGCUUGAGGCUGAAUAAAGCUUUUGAUGCACAAAAUGAGACUGCGGAAGAGUGGACAGUGGUGAUCUCACCUGUUUGUGGUCACACUUUAGCCAUACAUAUGGUGAUAACAUGACUAUGGAGGCUUGUGAAAGUGUAACGUGCUAUGGCUGUGUAGACAUAAACUAAAGAAGAAACUUGUAAAUAUUCCCUCCCCUCCUUUUUUUUUUUUUUUUUU